AUGCACCCUUCUGUUACCUCGUUCACUCAUGCAUGUAAUCAAUCUUUUCCAUUCAUUCAGCAGAAGAAAACGGUCAGGAUCCUGUCAGUCUCCAUCUCUGCCGACCCCUCGUGCCUUAAUUGCGACACUGGCGACAGGGUCGGCACUAAACACUACGCGACGGCGAGAAAGAAUUCCAGCGACUUGUGUUAUCAAAGAGUCGUACUGAUAGCGGAGUUAUCUGAUAGCCACUAUCGUUUCCACGUAACAGAACCUUUGGAACAGUCGAGUGCUGGCGCGAGAACAAUAUCUAGCGUUGUUUGUGAAAUGCGCCGUUUUGUGGACGUGAGAUUGUCCAGAGUUAACGGCCCGGCGGCUGGGGUCGUGGACACAAGGACUGAGGUGCAGACAUGUCGAACGCAGAGGCGCCCUUACCAGGGCUACCCAUACGUCAACCCGGUGGUCAUCGACGUGCCAUCCCUGGACGCUACGGCGGCCGCCAAAUGGAGCAACCUACCCAGAAAGCCAAUAGGGGUGGCACCAAAUAGACCGCCUGAGCAGUCUAACAGAGCAGACAACAGGGAUGCCGGAACAAACGAUGUCACGGCGAACGCAGAUCGUGUAGAAACGGAGUCUGCGAGACCGGACCGGGAUAUAGAUGAAGACAAUCCUGUUAUAUACAUAGACAUACCCGAAAGCAGUGCGAGCAGCGUUGUUGAGAGUCCAAGGAAUGAAAACGCGAGCGAACGGUCAGAAGUUACAGCGGUGCAGGAUACGGCACUCUACGACCCUUUCAAGGACAGAACAAUCGAAGUGCGGGCAUCCGUUGAUGACAGCGACGACGAAGAUGAUGCUUCGACUCCUCCCCCUCGAAACAGAUAUCUUCCACCGAGACCAGCACCGCCGAGAACUUUGCACGCGUCACAAGGAACCAGUUCCAGCGUCACUACUUCUCCAAACUCCGGCACCACAACUAACUCUAACCUGCCAGCCUUCAUGUCUAAGGAGGCAGGCUACUACGGAAGGCUGCCGACGCCGGACGACGGUUUCCUACUAGCACCUAUACCAGUUACGGAUUUUCCGGAACCCCCACCGGCGUAUACCGAAGUCGAUAGGGUUAAUCAACCCAGCGUAGUCCCAGUUACCCCACCGCCGCGGACCGAGGUGGUGACGACGGUUACAAAUCCGACGAGCACAGUACGGCCAGGCCCCGACAGGAAGCUGCUGAGGUGCCAGCACUGCGGCCAGAUGGUGCAUUCCCUGGUGGUGAGGGAGUCAGGAGCAUUCACCCACAUACUGGCUUUGAUCGUCGCGUUUCUGUGCCUCAUCCCCGUCGCCAUCUUCAUCUACUGCACGGACAGCUGCAAGUACAAGAACCACUACUGCCCCAACUGCAAUCAGCUGAUAGGCUACGAGAUACCCAUACUCUGCCAGCAGAUGGCGUUCGUG